AUGGCGAACAGCGGUGGGAAUGAUGGUUCGCAAUCGGGAGAAUCGACGGUGACGGAUACAAUUCAAGACGACUGGGCUAGCCGCUAUGGCAUACACGAUCAAAAGCCAGGCCUGUUCACGGACGUCAACAGGUCGUGGCUCUGCCCCAUAUUUCCAAACUUUGGCCCAACUGAGGCACACUCCAUCGCAGCAUUCAUCGGGGAUGGCGACCAAGACUUUGUGAACGCCCCACAAGGCGACGCCGCCGACCAACUCUUUGCGUCCGAGUCUAUUCAAAUGGAGAGAUUCUCCGGCCUACGCACUUGGGAAGUUAUGCUUUUCAAAAACGUCAAGGCUUAUCAAGACGGAAACGAACUCGUAACGCACGGGAACGAAGCUCGGCGGCUUGUCGUCAAUGAAGCCGAAUGGUGUUCGGUCUUUAAAAAGAACCGCUGGAUUGACUACUGUAUGAAGCUUAAAGACUCCGCGAUCGACAAGCCCCGAACCUAUGGCGGCGAGGACGCAAUUUGGUCUGUCGAUAACCCCGCGGUUUGGGAACAACUGUCUCCAGCCAUCGAGCUUGCCAACAGAAUUCUUCACCAAGCAUGUCACGGGUCUUGGUAA